UGGAGCCAGACCUUGUGUCUAGUCAUUUGACCUGGGAGUGACUGCUGAUGGAGCAGACAGUCAGUGGAGCAUUGGCACAGCAACAGAGGACAGAGGAGGACAGUGCACGUCGCUGACAGCAACACUACAUUAAGAACAUUUGCAGCAGCAGCAGCAGCAUCAUAAGAGCAUCGUCUGUGAUGCUGUUCAAAGCGAAGCAGAAGCAACAGAUUGCUCUCGUUUGCAGUUGUUGCUGCAACUGAUUUUCUCCUGGCUGAUCUGGGCUUGGGAACGAAGCAGAUUUGCAACAGCUCCUGCAGCCACAGUCUCCUGUGGUUUGAAAGUCAGGUUCUCUUCUUAUGCUGUGUCAGUGCAAGGAUAUGACUGUGCCACGCAACAGAAACAAAAAGCUUUGAUUCAGGUGGGAAAAAAGCAACACGUCUCGCACAGGGCAUCGGCAUCACCUCCGCCACUAUUGUCUCCUCCCAUUUUCCCUCCUUCACCAGGAUCUGAAGAAGACCAGACAUUCGAGGUGUGAAUGCACAAUAAGGCGGAGGAUGUUGGAUUGACGUGCAGAGUUUGGGGAGUUUUGCUGUCAAAGGUUUUUAUCAGCGUGAGGUAAGAUUCCCUGCCAGACAUUGUCGAGUCCAUCAGACUGUCAGCUGGACUUCUGAAGACAAGAGAGGGAUGAACAGGAGGAUGUCCAUGGGCGUCUGCCUGAGAAUGGAAGCAAAACAAGAAUCUGGAAGCUGGAGGAGGGAUGACAGGAAGAGAGAGGUACAACUCUGCUACACAAAGUCCUAGAUCAGUUUUCACAGAAAACAGUGAGAACAAUAUACUUGGUUAGCCGAUAAAAAGUGUGCAACCAACAGAAACAUACCUUGCUUCAUAAUUUCACCUCAAAGAUGAUCUUGCUUUAUUGGGGCAUGUAUCUUAUCUGACGGACACUGAGACCGACAUCUUUCUUUGACGUCAACUUUUGCUGCAACUAAGUUUUCGGCACUGAUUUCUGUCGGCGCAAGAAUCUCUGGGUUCUUGCUUGACUCUUCUUUCCGGGGUGAGGUGGAUCUGCCGUGGGGGGCAGCUGACAGCCAUCCAAGACGCCGCGAGCCGUACUCCGCGUGAAGAAUGCCCAGCCGCGCUUGGCCAAGCCGGCCGACCCGGGGCCGACGGCGGGCCUCUACAUGGAGCGAUCGCAGAGUCGCAUCAGCCUGUCAGCGUCGUUCGAGGCCCUCGCCAUCUACUUCCCCUGCAUGAAUUCCUUCGAUGAGGAUGAUGGUGUGGAUACAGAGGGCAGGAAGCUUAAAGGAGCCAUCCAGAGGAGCACAGAGACAGGUCUGGCUGUCGAGAUGCCCAGUCGGACUGUCCGUCAGGCGAGCCAUGAGUCCAUAGAGGACAGCAUGAACAGCUAUGGCUCCGAGGGCAAUUUGAACUACAGUGGCAUGUGUCUGGCAUCUGACGCCCAGUUCAGCGACUUCCUAGACGGGAUGGGACCAGCCCAGUUUGUUGGACGCCAGACACUGGCGACGACCUCCAUGGGUGACGUAGAGAUUGGUCUGAUGGAGAGAAAUGGAGGCCUGGAGGUGGAGGUUGUCCAGGCCAGAGGACUCACAAUGAAACCAGGGUCAAAGGGACCUCCAGCACCCUACAUCAAAGUUUACCUCCUGGAGAACGGCAUCUGUGUGGCCAAGAAGAAGACCAAGUCAGUGAGGAAGAGCCUGGAUCCUCUCUACAACCAGGUCCUGGUCUUCUCUGAGAGCCCACAGGGGAAGGUGGUGCAGGUGAUUGUUUGGGGUAACUAUGGACGAAUGGACCGCAAAUGCUUCAUGGGUGUAGCCCGUAUCUUAUUGGAAGAGCUGGACCUUAGCACGAUGGUGAUUGGCUGGUACAAGCUCUUCCCUACCUCGUCCAUGGUGGACCCAACCAUGGCACCACUCAUACGCCAUUCCUCCCAGAUGUCCCUGGAGAGCACCAUUGGGCCCUGUUGUGAGCGAUCUUAAGACUCACACAGAGAUGGGAGUUUUUGUUGUUGCACCUACGAUUCCGUUCCUGUCUCAACUUUAUAUA